CUAGCUGAUAUCUUCAUCUUCUAUAUCAAACCUACCAGUGAAUUCUUAUUCACCAUUUGCCAUUAAGUCUGUCAGAUAACCUAACUGUUGAAAAUGCUUGUUGCUUGUCUUUUUGCCUUUGCUGCCAUCUCUCCUGCAGCUGCACACUUCACCAUGACUUCUCCACCUGCUCGUGGUACUGAUGAGUUGGUUCAGGAUCAAGGCCCAUGUGGUGGUUUUGGCACUCCCUCUAGUAGUCGUGCUACUUUUGGUGGUGAUUCCAAGGUUUCUAUUCGCAUGGCUGAUUCGGUUGCCGAAGCUGUCAUCUAUCUUGGUGUUGGCGAUAACCCUACUUCGUUCCCUCACGAAUUAGGUCGCCAAUCCUUCACCAAGAUUGGUGUUUAUGAUAUGAGUGUCGAUUUUUCCAAGCUCCCCGACACUGUUUCUGACAAGACUCAAGCCACUGUUCAAGUUGUAUUGUCUGGAGGUCACGGUACCUUGUACCAGUGCGGUGAUGUUGUUGUUAACCGGCCUGCUUCCGCACCAGCACCAGCACCUUCUGCCCCGGCACCUGCCCCAGCACCAACAUCUCAAUCCGCUGCCGCGUCUACUGAUUCUUCUCCAACAUCUUCUAAACCCUCUGGAUCUGCAUCUUCAACCGCAACCCAUGUGCAUCCUAAUGAAAGUGAACACACUCACUCAACCGAACAACCUGUCAUGUCUGCCGCUGCAUCAUCUUCUGCUACAACCCUCAAUCGAUUUGCAGUCUUGGGUGUGAUUGGAAUGAGCUUGAUCUACAUGGGUCUCGUUUAAGUUGGUCUUGUAUCAUGUUUUUGCCUAUUUUCAAUCUAAUAAAUCGUGAUAGUCAACUAUUCAAUCUC